AUGAAACGGCGACAAAAUAUUUUACAGUGCUUCCGGAAAAUUCCAAGAACUGAACUUGAUAAAGCAUGUGUAAAACAAAAUGGACAACAAGCAUUGGAUCAUGAUAUUACGACCAAAAAUAUGAAUGAUUUGCAAAAUAGUAGUUGUGAGGUGGAUGAAGAAGUGUCAGCUAUUCCAGACUGCUGGAGUAUGAAUCAAUUUGAUAACUUUAAACAAAAAUAUGAUGGUUUAACACUUCGCAAUAAAAGACUUGGUUGUGAUUACUGUGGUAGAUUUCCAUCUGAAUUAGUAAAUUCUAAAGGCAUUCACUUGUCAAUGGAAUGGGCUAAUUGCCGAGUUGCAGCUUCAGGAAAGAAUAAAAAAGUUCAGCAAGCUUCUCUGCGAAAAAAGAUGAAUUUACACUUUUCGUCGAAGGCGCACCAUAUUUGCGUUAUGGGGUUGCGGGAUUAUCCAAAUAUUAUUGCAGAUUGCAUUGAUAAUAUAAAUAAGAGUUAUAUAAAUUCUACGAUCAAAGUCUUUAAUACAGUAUACAGUUUUGCGAAAAAAAGUCGCCCAUUAUCUGAUAUUGAAGAUGAAAUCGCGCUGCAAAUAAAAAAUGGAGUAGAUAUGGGCGCAGGACCUCAUUGUCGCAAAACUGCUAUGAAAAUAGUAGACCACAUUGCAGGACAAAUUAGAAAAGAAAUAUUCACAAAAAUCAUUGAAAAAAACCUUAAAAUCUGUGUUAUUAUUGAUGAAGCGUCAACUGUGUCUAGUAAACCCGUCAUUAUAAUAUUCAUAAAGGUCGAAGAUUGCAAUUUUUCUCCGAUGAUAUUUUUGGAUUUAGCUGAAUUGGAACAGCAUGGAGCAGAAGAAAUAUAUGCAACCUUAUUAAAUAGCUUGCAUCUUGUUGGAUUCGAUAAGGCAUAUUUGAAAAAAAACCUAAUCGCUUUCUGUACUGAUGGAGCAAGUGUAAUGCUCGGUCGUAGAUCUGGAUUAGGCAUAAAACUCAAAAAUGAUUUCCCUGAUAUUAUUCUUUGGCAUUGUUUAAAUCAUCGUCUGCAACUAGUUUUGGAUGACUCUAUCACUGAUAUAAAACAAGUGAAUCACUUGGGAAUUUUCAUGGAUAAAAUACACACUAUUUUUCGUAAGACAAAUAAAAACCAGAUGGAAAUUUUCAAAAUUUCUGAAGAACUUGGACAGCAAAUAGUGGAGAUUGGUAGAGUUUCUGGAUCAAAAUGGUCUGCUUGCAGCUUAGAGUCUGCACUCGCUGUAUGGCAUGCUUAUCCUGCCUUGUGGAAAUAUUUUUCUAAGUUUACCAAACAUUCAGGAAUGGUUGCUAGUCUUGGGAACAAAUAUUUUCUAGAUGAUUUAGCAUUAAUGAUUGAUAUACUGCAAGAAUUGUCCUUUCUUUCUGAAGCUCUUCAAGCCAGAUGUGUAACUUUGACACAAGCUGAAAAAUUAAUACUUGAGUCCAUUAAAGCAUUUGAACUACUAAUAGAGGGUAAAGGGACAUUUGAAAACAAAAUUACCGACAGAAUUGCUUCUGAGGAAUUUAAAGAUGUCCAGCUUAAUGAAAACCACAAAUUUUUAUGCCUUCCUCGGAAAAAGCUGCUUGAAGAAAUUAUCGAAAACAUGAGAAAGAGACUAAUGGAUAAUGGUCAUUUGACAUCAGGAAGUGAUGACCAGGAAAACACAGAAUUUCAUCAAGUGGUAAAUUUGUUAGAGUCAGACACCUGGAAUACUCAGGAAGUAGUUGUACCCUGGCUUGCUGCUGAAGAAAAACUGUGCAGGUUCACUGACAUUUUUCAUUAUGAAAUUCCUGUCAAUGAUUUCCGUGAUUACGUGAAAAAUGUAUUGCAAAAUUUUAAAAACCCUGUAAUUCCUCGAAGUGUUCAAAAAGCCAAAGCCAUAGUAAGCACAAUUGCUGUCAGCUCUGCUGAACUGGAAAGAGGCUUCUACAGUAUGAAUCAUAUUUGCUCAGAUAAGAGCCUUGUUGUUGAAAAUAUAGCAAAUUUGAUGACAAUUAACCUUAUUGGCCUCCCUUUUGAGAUAUGGGACGCCGCACCUUAUGCUAAAACAUGGCUGAGAAACCACGUUGCUGAUGAUCAAAAGCUACAGCAGAGAGUAGUCCAGGAAUAUGAUUGCAAUCAAGUUGCCAUUUGGAAUUUACUAAAAUAA